AGCCGAGCCUUCCCCAAGCCCCAGGGGCUGCCCCAGUACGGAGGUGCCCAUGCUGGUCGACUCCUGCAGGACCUGACCACGCACCAGAUCUGCUUUGUCAAGUAUGGAGACUGGAGAACUUUCAAAGGCUGAAGACAGCGCUGAGGACCCAGGGUCCCAAGAGGAAGGGCAGCCCGAUUCCCCACACGGAGGGCAGAGCCCUGGCCCCACGGCCCUCUGGGACACGCUGGAAAGGAAGUUUCUGGAAUACCAGCAGCUGCCACACGGGACCCCAGAAGAACAUCAAAGGAGCCUGCUGAAUCUUCUCCCCCUGUUCCUAAAGGCCUGGAAACACUCCGUGGGCAUUGUCUACUUCCCCAGUCUCCAAAAGCUGGCAGAAGAUGUUUCCAACCAGCUUGCCCAACAAAUCCAGAGUGCCCUGGCCGGGAAGCCUGCAGAGGAAGCACGAGUGGCAGCCGGGCAGCUGCUGAGGUGGAGAGGGGACACGGAUCAGGACGGCCACCUGCUCCUGAAGUCGGUGUACGUGCUCACCGGGACAGAUGAGGAGACGCUGGGCACAGUGGCUGAGUCCGGGCUCCCAGCCCUACUCCUCCAGUGCCUGUACCUCUUCUUCGUCUUUCCUGUGGACAGAGAUGAGCUCUUAGAGAGUGACCUUCAAGGGCAGAGGAUGUUUGUACAGAUGUUGCUGAACCUGUGCAGCGAGCCUCAGGCUCUGCAGGGGCUCCUUCCCGGGAGCGAGCUCCAGUCUCUCCUCAUCGCCACCACCUGUCUCCGGGAGCACAGCUGCCGCUUCUGGAGAGAGCCCACCUUCUGUGUGCUGAGGGCCAUCUCCCGGGCACAGAGUCCCAGCAUCGUCCAGUACCUGCAGGCCAUGGACUGUGUGCGGCUGUCCGUCCAGAACCUUUCUAAGCUGGCAGACACCCUCCCAGCACCUGAGGUGAGCGAGGCUGUGAGCCUGGUGCUGAGCUUCGUGAAGGACUCCUACGCAGUCUCCUCUGCCCUGCUCCUGGAGUUUGAGAAUGGGGAGGGCUACCCUCUGCUUCUCAGGGUGCUCCUGCGCUAUGACGGGCUGACCCAGGGUGAACUGGACCCCCACUUGGAGGAGCUUGUGGGACUGGUGGUGUGGCUGACGACCUGUGGGAGGUCAGAGCUGAAGGUGUUUGACAGCAUCACUUACCCGCAGCUUGAGGGCUUCCAGUUCCAUCAGGAGACUUCCGGGGUGACUGUUAAGAAUCUUCAGGCCUUUCAGGUCCUGCAGAAUGUCUUCUACAAAGCCAGUGACUCCGUCCUCUGCACGCAAGUCCUCUUGGCCAUCAAGACCAUGUGGGCCUGGAACCCACGGAACUUCUUCCUGCUGGAGUGGACGCUGCAGCCCAUCUCUCAGUUUGUGGAGCUUGUGCCCUCUAAGCCGCCCCCAGUACAGGAGCACUUCUUCCAGCUGCUGGAGGCCCUGGUGUUCCGGCUGCGCUACGUGCCCCACGAGAUUCUGCGCAAAGUGCAGCAUCUGAUCAAGGAGAGCCCCCAGUCGUCCUGCACCCUUGUGGCCCUGCAGAGCAUCCUCAAGAUCACCAGCAGUGAACCCCUCUUCACGGAUAUCUUCCGGGACUCAGGAUUGCUGGGCCUACUGCUGGCACAGCUGCGGAAGCAGGCCAAGAUCAUGCGGAAGUCAGGAAGCAAAGAGCCUAGCCCUGGCACCCAGGAUCCAGAAGGAGAGCUUACCAGAGUGAUGCUGAGAACUGUAGUUGCGCUUCUGAGAGGCUCGGUUCGGAAUGCGGUGGUCCUGAAGGAUCAUGGCAUGGUGCCCUUCAUCAAGAUCUUCCUGGACGAUGAGCGCUACCGCGAGGCCUCACUCAACAUCCUAGAGCAGCUCUCGGUCAUCAAUGCCGAGGAGUAUGCAAGCAUCAUUGUGGGCGCACUGUGCUCCUCCACGCAGGGCGAGUUGCAGCUGAAACUGGAUCUCCUACAGUCUCUGCUACGGAUCCUCGAGACCCCCAAGGGCCGAGCUGCUUUUCGAGUCUCCAGUGGCUUCACUGGGCUGCUGUCACUGCUGUCUGACCUGGAAGGCUCUCUCUGCACACCACCGCUGCAGGCCUGGGGUGCUGUGCCCCACAGCCAGACCCUGGAGCUGCUGCUACACACCCUCUGUGCCCUGUCUGCUGCGCUGCACCUGGACCCUGUCAACUGUGACUUCUUCCGGAAGCAUGGGCUCUUUGAGAAGCUGGCUGAAGACCUGUGCUCACUGGGCUGUUUUGGGACCCCAGAGGAAGAAGGUGUCCCUCAGCAUUCCUGGCCUGAAACAAAGGUCAGGCCAUUUGCAGAGCUGCUGAAUGCCGCCUUUUCCCCCGAUCGUCCACUCCCAGCCAGGGCACGGAGCUGCUUGCAAGUCCUCAGCUUCCUGGACAGCAUGGCCAGUGGCAUCCUCCACCUGCGAAGAGACCUGAGGCAACCCCUUGCUACAGACACCCAGGAAAAAGAAGCUGCUGGUGGCCUCCAGAGCAGCUUCAAGCAGUGGCCAGACCCAGAGGAGAGGUUGGACGAAGGGGAUGCUGUGAUCAUGCACCCCGGGAUUGUGUGCAUCAUGGUGAGGCUGCUGCCCCGGCUGUACCUCGAAGACCACCCACAGCUGUCAGAAGAGAUCCAAUGCUCCGUGGCCAGCCACCUGCUGUCCCUGGUGAAGUCAGAGAAGAACCGGCAGAUCAUGUGUGAGGCAGGCAUGCUCAGGACACUCAUGGCCUCCUGCCUCAGGGCCCUCAGCUCGAGCAGCAGCCCCCUGCAUGUGCGUCUCAUCAGGAUUUUCGAGAAGCUCGCUUCCCAGGCCAUCGAGCCUGAUGUGCUCAGGCAGUUUCUAGGACUAGGAAUUCCCCGACCCCUGUCGGCUGCAGUGAAACUCCUCAAAGCAUCUCCUGAAGGCAGUGGAGAAACCCCUGGGUGCUCAGAAUCUCCAACCGCAGAUCCAGGAACAGCUGAGGGGCCUGCCAGCGCUGGUCCUGCUGUGGUUUGUGACAGCGAGUCCCCCGGGGGAACCCGGGACUCUGCCCCAGCCCUUCAGACGGCACUGAGUCUCAUCUCCAUGACCUCCCCACGCAACCUGCAGCCACAGAGGGCAGCCCUGGCUCCAUCCUUUGUGGAAUUUGACAUGUCUGUGGAGGGUUACGGGUGCCUGUUUAUUCCAACCCUGUCAACUGUUAUGGGGGCCAGUACCGAGUACUCUAUCUCUGGAGGGAUUGGGACAGGUGGUGCCAGGCCCUUCCCUCCCCCUGGGGGCCUCACCUUCUCCUGCUGGUUCCUGAUCAGCCAGCAGGCUGCUCUCACGGAGGCCCACCCGCUCCGCUUCCUCACCCUGGUGCGCCACCUGGCCAGGACCGAGCAGCCCUUUGUCUGCUUCUCUGCCAGCCUCUGCCCAGACAGCCUCUCCUUGGUGGUGUCCACAGAAGAGAAGGAGUUCCAGCCCCUGGAUGUCAUGGAGCCCGAGGACACCAUGGAGCCUUCUGCUGGGCGCCAGCUUCAGGUCAGAUGUGGCCAGCUGUUGACCUGUGGUCAGUGGCAUCACCUGGCUGUGGUUGUCACCAAGGAAAUGAAAAGGAACUGUACUGUUUCCACCUACCUGGAUGGACAGGCCAUUGGCUCAGCCAAGAUGCUCUACAUCCAGGCCUUGCCGGGACCCUUUAUUUCAAUGGAUCCUUCCUCAUUUGUGGAUGUGUAUGGGUAUGUUGCGACCCCUCGGAUUUGGAGACAAAAGUCAUCAUUAAUCUGGCGCCUUGGCCCUACCUAUCUCUUUGAAGAACCCAUAUCAAUGGAUACUCUGGAAGUUAUUAUCAAACUUGGUCCAAGAUACUGUGGUAACUUCCAGGCUGUGCAUGCUCCAGGAGAAGACCCGGAUGGUGAGGCCAUGUCCCUCAUUGCUGAGGAAAAGGUUUCCUUUGGCCUCCACGUGGCCAGCUCUUCCAUCACCAGUGUGGCAGACCUCAGAAAUGCCUACAAUGAGGUGGACAGCCGCUUGAUCGCCAAGGAGAUGAACAUUUCCUCCCGAGACCACACCACACCCGUGUUUCUGCUGAGAAAUUGUGCUGGGCACCUCUUAGGUUCACUCCGGCCCCUUGGAGCUGUUGCUGUGGGCCAGUUAGGGGUGAGGGUCUUUCACUCCAGCCCUGCGGCCAGCAGCUUGGACUUCAUUGGUGGUCCUGCUAUCCUCCUGGGCCUUGUGUCCUUAGCGAUGGAUGACCAUAUGAUGUAUGCAGCUGUGAAGGUCCUGCACUCAGUCUUGACCAGCAACCCCAUGUGCGACCGCCUCAUGCAGCACAUCAGCGGGUACCAGAUCCUGGCAUUCCUCCUGCGGAAGAAAGCCUCUCUCCUCAACCACCGCAUCCUCCAGCUCAUCCUCUCUGUGGCCGGCACUGCGGAGCUGGGCUUCAGGCCAUCUGCUGUCACCAACAUGGGUGUCUUCCAGCAUAUUCUCUGCGAUUUUGAGCUUUGGAUGAACACUGCAGACAACCUGGAGCUCAGCCUCUUCUCCCACCUCACGGACAUCCUCCAGUCACCGAGGGAAGGGGCGAGGAACGCCGAGGUCGCCCACCAGGCCCAGCUCAUCCCCAAGCUCAUCUUCCUCUUCAACGAGCCCAGCCUCCCUCUUGCCAAGGUCUCCACUAUCAUUGGCAUCCUCGGCUGUCAGCUAAGGGGCCACUUCAGCAUCCGGGACUUGCUCAGGAUUGGGCUCUUCAUUGUGUACACCCUCAAGCCUUCUUCAAUGGACGAGACCCAAGUCUGCAUGGAUGGAGCCCCAGCCUCCGAGGGGCCUGCUAGAAGCCAAACAUCUGGAAAGACAGUCAGGCUCAGAAACCAGUUGCUGGAGAUGCUGCUCGGUGUAAUCUCUUCCCCCCAACUCCAUCUGUCCUCUGAGUUGAAGGAGGAGAUGUUUCUGAGCCUGGGCCCUGACUGGUUCCUGCUGCUCCUGCAGGGCCACCUGCAUCCCAGCACUACUGUGCUGGCCUUGAAGCUGCUGCUGCACUUCCUGUGUAGCCCCUCUCUCCGUGCCCGAUUCAAGGAUGGCCUGUCUGUGGGCUCCUGGGUGGAGCACAGUGCUGAGGAUGUAGCCAUCAUGAUGGACAACCUGAAGAAGCCUGCAACUGUGGCUGAGCAUAGCCCCUGCCUGCUCCCUGGCUUCCGUGUCUUGACCGAAUUCCUGGGCUACCGAGUUCACAUCCCGGAAGUCUACCUCAUUGUAUCGACCUUCUUCCUGCAGACACCACUGACAGAGCUGACAGAUGGGCCCAAGGACAGUCUGGAUGCCAUGCUGCAGUGGCUUAUGCAGAAGCACCACCAGCAAGAAGUGCAGCGGUCUGGGCUGUGCACAGAAGGUGCCCUGCUGCUGCUGGCAAUGCUGAGAGCCACCAUGAGCCAGCCCUCAGCAGGUCAUGAAGAAGGUGUGUGGGAGCAGACGUUUCCUGCCAGUGUGCUGCACUUUCUGGCCCUUGUGCACCGAACCUACCCCCAGGACCCAGCCUGGAAGGCCCCUGACUUCCUGCAGACUCUGGCCACAGUCGCCUUCCCCAUGGGAGCCCAAAAGGGCUCUUCAGCCGAGUCCACCGGGAGCACCAGCAGUCCUGGAGCUGCAGCUGAUGGGAGCAGCACCACAGAGGAUCCCCAGGCUCCUGCUGUCUUCCACCCUGGCCAGAGGCAGCUGAGGGAGUUCACACAGGGUUUGCUGAGGGAGCUGUUGCUCGGAGCCCCCAGCCCCAAGCAGUGGCAGCCGCUGGAUGUGUUCCUGGAGGCCUCUCCAGACAAUGCCAGUGGGCAGCAGAAGCGAGACUUCCAGUCUGAGGUCCUGCUGGCCACCAUGGAAAUCUUCCACAAUCCCAGCGUGGGCAGCACCCUGCUUCUCCGAGGCAGUAGCGAGCCUCAGCCAAGCACAGAGGCUGCUGUUGCGCCCUCCCUCUGGAACAUCUCCCACUUCGCCCAGCGGCUGGUGGAGAAGCUGUAUGGUGGCAUGUUCUCGGCAGACCCCAAGCACAUCCUGCUCUUCCUCACGGAGCACAUCAUGGUGGUCAUCGAGAACCCCUCUUCUCAAAGGGACACUGUCAUCAGCACUUUGUACAGCAGUCUGAACAAAGUCAUUCUUUACUGCCUCUCCAAGCCCCAGCAGUCCCUGUCUGAAUGUCUCCACUUGCUGAGCAUCUUAGAGUUCCUUCAGGUGCACUGGGAUGUCGUGUUCGCCACCUACAACUCCAACGUCAGCUUCUUCCUGUGUCUCAUGCACUGUCUUCUCCUGCUCAAUGCAAGAAGUUACCCAGAAGGAUUUGGAUUGGAGCCCAAGCCUCGCAUGACUCCAUAUAACCAAGUCUUCCUCUCCCCAAGUGAAGAAGUGAAGGAGAACAGAGAAGAGGAUGUCCCGAGCCUGAGUGAUGCCCAGCACAACAUCAAGAAGACCGUGCAGUUUCUGUGGCAGCAACUGGUGGCCCAGCGGAGGCAAGCACUGGAGGAUGCCUUCAAGAUUGACCUCUCUGUGAAACCUGGAGAGAGCGAAGUGAAGAUUGAAGAGGUCACCCCGCUCUGGGAGGAGACCAUGCUGAAGGCCUGGCAGCACUACUUAGCAUCCGAAAAGAAGGCGCUGUCCAGCCGCUCGGCCGACGCACGGCAGAGCAGAGUCUCGUCAUGGAGUGGGAGCCUGUCCUCAGCCAUGCGACUGAUGCCUGGGCGCCAGGCCAAGGACCCUGUGUGCAGAGUUGAGGAUUUUGUGUCUUGUAUUGAGAACUGCAGACGAAGGGGACAGGAGCUAUACGCAUCUCUGUACCGAGACCAUGUGCAGAGGCGGCGAUGCAGCAACGUGAAGGCAGCCAAGGCCUGGGCCUGGAUCCAGGAGCAGCUUUUUGGGGAGCUGGGUUUGUGGGGCCAGCCAGCUGAAGAGGCCAUACCCUGCUCCCACUGGGAACUGGACUGGAGAGAGGGCCCUGCUCGCAUGCGGAAGCGUGUCAGGCGCAUGUUUCCCCGGGAGGCUGCGAGCUCAGAAGGGCGCAAGGAGAGCCAAGACCAGCAGGGUGAUAUUUCACAGAACAAUGCUGAAAAUCAAGGUGAGCUGGCACCACAGGACACUGAGCGUGAGCCCGACGAGGUGGCACUGGACUGUUCCCAGCUCACUUUCUUCCCUGCCCUCCAUGAGAGUCUGCACUCGGAAGACUUCUUGGAACUGUGUCGGGAAAGACAGGUCAUCCUGCAAGAGCUCCUGGAUGGAGAAAAGGUGACACAGAAAUUUUCCCUGGUGAUUGUGCAGGGCCACCUGGUCUCAGAAGGCAUUCUGCUCUUUGGCCACCAGCACUUCUACCUCUGUGAGAACUUUACGCUGUCUCCCACAGGUGACGUCUACUGCACCCGCCACUGCUUAUCCAACAUCAGUGACCCCUUCAUUUUCAACAUGUGCAGCAAAGACAGGUCCUCUGACCAUUACUCAUGCGAGUGCCACAGCUACGAGGAUCUCAGGGAGCUCCGGCAGGCACGCUUCCUGCUGCAGGACAUUGCCAUGGAGCUCUUUUUCCAAAAUGGAUAUUCCAAGUUUCUUGUCUUCUAUAACAGUGAUCGGAGUAAAGCCUUCAAAAGCUUCUGUUCUUUCCAGCCAAGUUUGAAGGGGAAAGGCAACUCAGAGGACCCCCUCAAUCUCAGGCGACCCCUCAGCUCUGACAGGACCAUGCUGCAGAGGUGGCAGAAAAGGGACAUCAGCAAUUUUGAAUACCUGAUGUAUUUGAACACGUUGGCCGGGAGGACCCACAAUGACUACAUGCAAUACCCGGUGUUCCCUUGGGUGCUGGCUGACUACACCUCUGAGACACUGAACUUGACCAAUCCUAAGACUUUCCGGGAUCUUUCUAAGCCCAUGGGGGCUCAGACCAAGGAGAGGAAGCUGAAAUUCAUCCAGAGGUUUAAAGAAGUUGAAAAAAUUGAAGGAGACAUGACUGUCCAGUGCCACUACUACACCCACUACUCCUCUGCCAUCAUCGUAGCCUCCUACCUGGUCCGGAUGCCACCCUUCACCCAGGCCUUUUGCUCUCUGCAGGGAGGAAGCUUCGAUGUGGCCGACCGGAUGUUCCACAGUGUGAAAAGUGCAUGGGAGUCAGCCUCCAAGGAGAACAUGAGUGACGUCCGUGAGCUGACCCCCGAGUUCUUCUACUUGCCUGAGUUCCUCACCAACUGCAAUGCUAUGGAGUUUGGUUGCAUGCAGGAUGGGACAGUGCUGGGAGAUGUUCAGCUCCCUCCCUGGGCAGACGGGGACCCAAGGAAGUUCAUCAGCCUGCACAGACAGGCUCUGGAGAGUGAUUUUGUCAGCGCCAACCUCCACCACUGGAUAGACCUCAUUUUUGGGUACAAGCAGCAGGGGUCGGCGGCGGUGGAGUCAGUGAACACCUUCCACCCCUACUUCUAUGGUGACAGGGUGGAUCUCAGCAGCAUCAGUGACCCCUUGAUCAAGAACACCAUCCUGGGGUUUGUCAGCAACUUUGGCCAGGUGCCCAGACAGCUCUUCACCAAGCCCCACCCAGCCAGGAGUGCCAUGGGGAAGCCUCCUCCAGGGAGGGACACGACCACACCUGUCAGCCUGCCCAGCCACCCGCAGCCCUUCCUGCACAACCUGCAGUCACUGAAGCCCGUUCAGGUCACUGUCAAAGAUAUGUUCCUUUUCUCUCUAGGGUCAGAGUCUCCCAAAGGGUCCAUUGGUCACAUUGUCCCCACUGAUAAGAGCAUCCUGGCGGUAGAGAAGAACAAGCUGCUGCUGCCUCCUGCCUGGAACAGGGUUUUCAGCUGGGGAUUUGAUGACUUCAGCUGCUGCUUGGGGACCUAUGGCUCCGACAAGGUCCUGAUGACCUUCGAGGAUCUGGCUGCCUGGGGCCACUGUCUGUGUGCUGUGUGCCCGUCACCCACAGUAAUCAUCACCUCGGGGUCCAGCGCUGUGGUGUGUGUGUGGGAGCUCAGUGUGGUCAAAGGCCGCCCGAAAGGUCUGCGUCUCCAGCAGGCCUUGUAUGGACACACCCAGGCUGUCACAUGCCUGGCAGCCUCAGUUACCUUCAGCCUCCUGGUGAGUGGCUCUCAGGACCGUACCUGCAUCCUGUGGGACCUGGACUGUCUUGUGCAUGUGGCACGCCUGCCUGCCCACCGGGAGGGCAUCUCGGCCAUCGCCAUUAGCGACUUCUCGGGCACCAUUGUCUCCUGUGCGGGUGCCCACUUGUCCCUGUGGGAUGUGAAUGGACAGCCGCUGGCCAGCAUCACCACAGCCUGGGGCCUGGAAGGAGCCAUAACCUGCUGCUGCAUGGUGGAGGGGCCAGCAUGGGACCCGAGCCACGUCGUGGUCACUGGGAGUCAAGACGGCAUGGUGCGGAUUUGGAAAACUGAGGAUGUGAAGAUGUCUGUUCCUGGGCCGGCAGCUGCAGAGGAGCCUGGCGUGCAGCCUCCCAGCCCCAGAGGUCAUAAGUGGCAGAAGAACCUUGCCCUGUGCAUGGAGCUGGAUGUCAGCCUUGCUUUGACAGGAAGAUCUAGCAAGGCCAGCCCUGCAGUGACAGCCCUGGCGGUGUGCAGGAACCAACCCAAGCUCCUGGUCGGCGAUGAGAAGGGGAGAAUAUUCUGCUGGUCUGCAGAAGGAUAGGCUGCCUAAGUGCUCUGCUGCAGCCUCGCGCGCUGCCCAGCACUGGCCAUGCUCAGUGCCUUCAGGGGCCUCCCCUCCCAGGGUGCUUGAAGAAGGGGCCUCUGCCAGUCAGUGCGCUGGGCCCCAGACCACCCCUGGUACCCAGGGGAAGGCUGUAGACAGGCUGUGAAGACACACUGGUGCUGGAUGCUGACCUGCAGAUGAUAAGACACACAGGAAAUGCACAUGAUUCCACUAUUGCACUGAGGAGUGGGAUUGAUUAGUGGAAACUGGCAGUUUGUUUUAUU